CAUCAUCGCAACAGCGAGCCAGUGGAUGGGACCGGUUGACAGUUUGGAGUUCCUUUACGGUGAUGUCUUGUUGUUCAUUGUGCCGUGCGGUUGUGCGCUGUGUCAACUUGUCGGAAAAUUCGCAAGGGAGUCGCGCGUUUGCGACAAUCACGACAGUUUACGGUAUCGAGACCGACAACGUAAAACGAGUGUAAUCAACAGGCAGUGUGUGGUGCUGUGGAGCAGGGGAUGAUGAGGGCCGGAGGGAUAAUUCAGGUGGCGACUUGAGGGCAGAAAUGUUGAAAUUUGGCAGCAAGAGUGACGUUACGGUGGUGCAUCGCGCCACUAUUCGACUUCUAGACGACGCCGAAAUUAUCCACUGCGACUUUCAGCCUCAACACAAGGGAAGAUACAUCUUGGAAUAUGUAUGCAAGCAACUUAACAUCAUGGAAACGGAUUACUUUGGACUUCGCUACGUGGAUCACUGUAGGCAAAGACAUUGGUUAGACCUGGCAAAAACGGCAAUCAAACAAGUAAAAGAUAUGGACCCAAUCCUGUUUAGUUUUCGUGUAAAAUUCUACCCACCGGAUCCUCUAAGGCUGAAAGAAGAAAUAUCUAGAUAUCAGGUCUACCAGCAACUCAAAAGGGACCUCCUUCAUGGACGACUCUAUUGCAGUCCAGGUGAAGCAGCGUUGCUGGCGGCAUGCAUCGUGCAAAGCGAAUUGGGCGAUUACGAUCCUGAGAUUCAUGAAGGAAAUUAUAUUUCCGCGCACAAAUUGCUGCUUAAACAAACUGAGGCCAUCGAAGAAAAAGCUAUGGAACUACAUCAAACACAGUUAAAAGGGUUCACGCCAGAGCAAGCGGAAACUCAUUUCCUUAGGUUAGCUUCGCAAUUGGAUACAUACGCCGUUGAUCCACAUUCUGUUAAGGACCAGAAGGGCGUGCAACUUUUUCUUGGUAUUAAUCACUGUGGGAUACUAACGUUUCAAGGAUCGCGUAAAACACAUCAUUUCCGCUGGCCGGAGGUUCAGAAGAUCAACUUCGAAGGAAAAAUGUUUAUUGUGCAUUUAACGAUAAGUGAGGACGUGAGAACGAAGAAAAAGCACACUGUUGGGUUUAAGUGUCCCACGGGGCCUAACUGUCGUCACGUAUGGAGAUGCGCCAUCGAACAAAUGUUAUUUUUCACAUUACCCAGGGCGUCGGACGCGCCGGUUGUAAGCGGAGGAUCGAUAUUUUCGUGGGGUACGAAGUUUAAGUACACUGGAAGAACGGAAAAAGAAGUCCUGGAAGAAAUGAGUCCACUUCAAAAGGACGAGCCAUCUGCACAGCGAUGUCAAACGUCAUGUCUUAGAAGAAAAGCCAGCAGUGUUCCAGCCACUCCGAGUACUCCCAGUCAAGAUCUCGUUGAAAUAAGAUAUUCCAGUCUGCCACGGAGCUGUCAUAGCGCAGGUUUAGAUGGUACUGGAAUGUCGGAAGGCAGUUCAGGAGUUCCGUUCAGUUCGCCUUACUGUCCAGAUAAUACUCUGCCACUCCUGGAAACCGUUUCGGAGGACCAAGAAAUUCAUGCCAGGAGAAACAACGCCGUAGACGAAAAUGAUACGCAUGCGAAUGCUACCCACAACACCACCACCGCCACCACGUCCACCACUACCACCACCUCCAACACCACCACAAAUCGUGCGAAAGUUAGACUGAAAUUUCCAAUCAGCACGCUGAACCGACCACAACUAUUGUACAGUCAAAAGAUAGUGAUAGGCUCGGAGGAAUUAGCUGGCCGUGACGUCGAUAACGUUGUCAGGCAAUACAUAAAUGCCCUCGAAAAGAACCCGAAAGUGGUCAGAUCGACUGCUUUGAUAAUAAAGAGCUCAAAAGUGUCGACGGAAGCGUUGAAAGCUGGUAAAAAGAACGAGACUUACAUAUUUCCUACCAUCGAUUCGGGAACGAUCAUCACAACGGUGGUAGAUGGUUGUUUCAAUCCUAGCAACGGUGAGACAAUCUUGCGCAGGUCCAAGGAGCAGGUAAGCACGCCUGAUCAUCGAGAGAACGAGAUCUUAAGGCACGGCUUGUCUACCACGACGAAAACGGCAAACGGUUGCGUUGCAUCAGUGAGGAUUGACGACAAAGGCAUUAAAAACGGAGUCGAAGCCAUGAAGCAAGGUACAGUCGGUCAGCAUGAGGGCGAUGCAAACGACUACUACUUCAGGGAUUCCUUCGAUCAUUCCUCGUCAGAAAGUCAACUGUUGGAUUCAUCCGGUAAACCGCACAGCCGAUCGGUGACCCCGGUACCGAAGAUGCAGAAACUUCAAAACUCAAAACUCUGCCUUCAACAACAGCAACACCAACACCAACAGCAACCUGGCCGACGUCUGGAUAGCAAAUUGAGGCACAAAAGUCUGCGAAUAGUGAGGCUCUUCAUUCCAGCGUUUGUGCUCGCGAUCACAGUUUUGUUUAUUGUGGUCGUUCUGGUGUUCGAAACAGACACGAUGCUUUUCAACAGCCUGCGUAAGACGCCAGAAAUGGUGGCCUUAAGGAACCAAUAUUAUGUCCCCAUCAAGGAAUUCCUGAGGACAAAGCUCGGCCUAUUUUGAUGCGACCUGACAAUGGCCGGGCUGAGGACGUCCUUUCUUGCUAAGUAGCUCCCUUCAGUGCCAAGUCGAGAAAAUGCUCUUAUCGGGACCGAGGGGCGAGAAUGUACGCCGUUUCGUUGUCAUGUGUCCUCUUUUUCUUUUAAAUGAAUUAUAGUCAAACGCUUGACUCUCUUUGCUUGUCUUCUUUUAUACGAAUAGAGGAUAACGAAAGUAUUUGAACGCUUUCGAACCGCCUGUUUAAUGUUUACACGAAUAAAGUUAUACUAUGAUCUUCAAAAUAACGCACAGGAGUUGGGAUUACACCUGGCAAAUAUAAACAAUGUCAUAUAUACAAUACAUUUGUUAAAAACGUCGACUGUAGACCACAGAAGUAUUGACACGGCUAUACGAUAAUAUGUUUAUUAAAUAAUUGAAUUCCAGUAUUAGAAUAGUCUAUUGUUACGUUCUGCAAAUUCUAAUAGUUUUCUUUGUUGUUCCAAACAUCUACAAUCUUUUUUAUUAGUGCUUCUGUGGCAUUAGUAGUAAAAUUGUUUUUUUUUGUCGACAUGAAUUUGUUAAAUGCAUCUUCAAAUUGACGUUUCUCGAAAUUUUGUUACAUUUAUCUAACACGAAUAUAUUAAAUUUAUUUUCAUAUGUUUCGCAAUUGUCGAGUGCGCAUCUUAACCUGAGUUCUGAGUUCUAUUGUUCCAGAUUGUUCCAGAGGUUAGUCUCAGUUAGCUUGGUCUCCCUUGUUACGAGUUAGGUUCAUAAGCGUUCGAAUAAUUUUGUGACCAAUUGUAGAUGUAUCUGUAAAAAUCUCUAUAACAAAGUGUACCUUCAAUUUAUUGUUUGUUUCCUAUCUACACAAUUAGAGGUAUUUAAAUAUUAUUUAUUAUGUUUGAAGUCAAAAUCAACAUCGUAUAUACAAGGUAUCGAUAACAGGAACUUUCAUAUUUUUACGUAAUAUUCCUGAAGAUACUGAAGAAUUGUGUUAUAGAUUUCUUUGAAUUGUUUUUUUUAAUGAGUCUGAAUAUAAGUCCAUUUCCACGUAUUACGUAGAAAAUAUCGCAGAUCAAUAAUGUUAUGUUUGAAUUCGAUUUUGAGGUUAGAUCAUAUACACAAGUAUAUACGUUUCGAAUUUAGUGAUAGAGUAGACAGGAGUAUUAGGUUGUUGAUGCACAAUAUACUUUCAUAUUCCGUAUAUGAUAGAAAGUAUUAUUUGAAGUUUGACAUUGAAAAACAACUUGUGUAGACAUUGCUGUAUUUUUUAAUAAAUGAAGUUCCCUAGAAUUUAAGAAACCUAUGAUUAGAUAUCAUGUAACUGUCAUAUAUUAAUAUUUGACGUAAAUUCGAAGCUCGUAACCAUUCGUGUUCAUAUCAUUUAUAUCUCUAAAUUUGUUCAAAAAUAAUUCACUGCAAAAAAGAUAAAAAUUUCUAAUUGAAAAGAUGAAAUGUCUCGAAGAACUUAAAAUGCUAUACAUAUUUAAGUGUGUAUAUUUAUGUUUGUUAAAAAAUGCAGUGAUCGUGUCGACACAGUGUAAAAGUAAAUCUAAGGGAGCACCUGAUUUUCAGUUUAGUAGUAUACACAUUCCAUAUGUCUGAUAUUGAAAGUUACUUGUUUACUGGUGGUACAAGGCAUAAUUGUAAAUUUCGUUUUGAAACUUUUAGUUUUUACGAAGUAAUGAACAAAGUUGUACAAAAUAGGUUUAUGGGAUUAAGAUACAAUCGGGCAAUAUGCAUGUGAUCAAUGUGUGUACAUUAAUUUGAUACAUUUUUAUUCGAUUGCUGAUGCUAUCAGUAUUUUGAUGAAAGCAUAAGGCAAAGAACAUGCUUCUUAAUAGUUUGUAUUGUUACACAAGUAACAGAUAUCGGUCCGUUUACGCAUAUCAUAAUCAGACAGCAAGUUUUCAUUGGUUUUAAUUCCUACUCAACAGUUGAUUAUGUGAAUACAUACAAAUAUGUCUAAUGAGAAGGAUUAACCCAACCUAAAAUGUUUCUCUUCGUUUUUGUGAUACAAUGAAAUGUUUGUUUUGAGGAAAGUAAAUAAUAUAAUGACAAGUCUUUUCCUUAUGAUCAAAUGUUUUAAUUGUCAGAUUUUAUUUAAAAAUUAAUAUUCAAACUAUAAAUCAAACAUUAUGAGAACGAGAGAAUUAUAUUCUUCAAAUGGAAACAAACAUUUCUUGGCUUAAACCUUUUCUUGUGUCAUCAAUUAUGAUAAAGUUGUUUUGCAUUAUAAUUUAUGAUGAUACCACUUAUAUACAAGGUGUUCAAGUUAUUAGCAUUCAACAGCCCUUUUCUAAAUGUAUGAAAAAAUGUAAGAGAAUAUAUCAUUAUCUUUUAUGAUUUUGUAUAUUUAUAGUACUUUUUUAAUUUGUUGUAAGUUUUCAAUGGCAAUUUAAUCCUUUAUUUUCUUUAUUAAGUAUAUUUAAGCUUCUUUCUAUUUAAUUUUUGUCUUCAACAAAAAAUUGUUGCGGAACAGUAACAAGAACACUCUGUAUAUUCAGAAAAGUUUACAUUUUUUAAAAAGCAAUCUAUGAUAUUAAAUUGUUUCCAAUGCAAGAAAAAAACCGAAUUGUUAAAAAAAUUUCCCUAAAGUAAACUACUUUGGAUUAAAAUGUGAAUGUGAUGAAGCGAAGAGAAAGAUGAAACAUGGAUUUGUUUUACAACAUAUUAAAUUUUUUUGUUGCAGUAAGGGUAGUAUUUACACCUUGACCAUGUAAGCAUUCAUACAAUCAUAUGUUUACCUAAUGAUCUCAUUUCUGUCUAUGCAUUUUUGAAUUUUAUUUUUUUGUUAUGUUAUGUAAUUCUCAUGUGGAAAUCCUGAAUUAGUGCAAAAUUAAUUCUAUAGUUUAAGAGACCAUUCAAAAAACGUUUAAGAGUAAUGUGAAAAUAUUCAAUUAUUUGUUUAGUCAUCCUUUUUCCUGAAAAUACUGACAAAAUAAGAUCGAUUCUUUCGUUUUCUUAUUUUAUUCAAUUCUUUCUAUAUGAGUAACGUUGAAAAAAUAAACGUCUACGAUGAAUUUCAGGAAACAUGAUUUUAAGAAGAGACCAAUAUUGACAAAUAAUGUGUCCAACGUAAAAACGAAAUCCAUUUUUACUACAUUGUUGUCAUAAAAAUGAUCAAGUAGCAAUUAGUUAGAAAAGGUUGAGGUUAAAACAUAAAUGGGUAGUUAAGUUUGUAAGCGUUUGGUACACAAUGUAUUUGUAUGAUGUUAGUAUUUAGAUAGAGUUCCGUAUUUUAUUCUUUUAUGUUAAAAAUGCUCAUCCUAAAAAAUAGUCAUUUAAAAUAUUGACGAGUUCUCGAUAAUUUUAUAUGUUUUCAACGUACAGAAUGCUUUGCAACAUAUACAUAUAGUGUGUGACGCACAAGAAAUUUUUGAGCAAAGAAAAGCUCAGAGAUGAAUCAUCUUGUAUUUUAUUUUCAAAUUUCUCAUUUACCGACCGCGACACACACCAUUUGAUAUACAUUGAAUACGACGUAUUACGAAAAUAUUAACAAUUCCGAUAUCUUUUGAUGGUAUAGAAUUUAUGGAAUGUAUACAAAAGAACUCUUCAAUUAAUUCAAUUCACUUUUACUAAGCAUUAAACUUAUAUGCUUGAUCGUUUUCAUUUGUUAUAUUUACUGACAUGUGUUCAAUGGCAUAAGCAAAAUACUUUAAAACCUUCUGACAUGUAACUAUUUGAUCAACAUGUAUAUUAAAAACUGAAAUAUUCAAAUCAGAGGCACUACCCAAGUGAAUUGCUUAUAUCAGUUGGAGAUUAUCACAUAUCUGAUCAAUUUUGUUUGUCAGAGAAUUCUCUUUGAAUUUAAUUGUUUAUCAUUGAAUAAUUAUUGAUAACGAAUGGCCUACUAUGUUGCUAAGAAACAAACAGCAAGAAUAUGUUCUCUUGUCAUUUUCUCUCAAUGUAACUACAGUACAGAUGAAUACAUAGUAUGGGGGUGUACAUUUUUAGUAUACAAAAUGAAAAGUUAUAGUGUUACAGUAUUGUUUAACUGUAACUUGUAUAGUGAAUGUUCUGUUCGUUUUUCAGUGGAAUCAGAUAAGGUUGUUUCACAAGAUUCUUCAGAAUAUAAAUGCACAUAUGUGUGUUUUUUCAUGUCAUAUUUAUUUAUUUGCAUUUUAAUACAUUGAUUGCCAUACCAUUAUUCGUGAAAAUAUCUACAAGGCUAAAAUUUUAUUUCUAUACAAUUGGAAAUUAUAUAAUCUAGUUGUAUUAAUUUUUCAGUAUUGUCAAAAUUCACGAAUCUUAUUCAGAUUUGAUUUCUGUAGAUUCUCGCCUUCAGAAUUUAUUUUUUUAAUUUUUUUUUAAUGAAAAACCUCCGCCCUGCCCCCCUCCCCCCCUCAAAUGUGCAUGAUAUGGCAGUCAACGUGUUUAGGUUUUUCUAAAUUCAAUAAAGAACUCAAAAGAUGAAUAUAUCUGAAAAUCGAAUAACCAAAUAAGAUUUCAAUUCUAUCUUUGAAAGCAAUCCAAAUUGCUAAUAAAACCAUUGUAAACGACGAUUGUACAAAAAAUCCUUCGGUGUUGAAUAGUAAUGUUUCUAGUUUGAUUUGUAAAAAUAUAAUGUAAACUGAAAGCUUUAGCAUAAAUGGAACGAUGAAAACAUAAGAGAACGAAUUUAAAUUUAUAAAAAUCAAAACAUAUUGCAACUCUUCAUAAUAGUAAGGUUUUCCUUCGCUGCAAGUGAUUAAAUUUCGGUGCGAAGCUCGGAAUAGCGAGCCAUCGCUUUUCCAAAAGCAAGAACAACGAAGAGACUUUUCGUAGCCAAAAGCAAUCUUCCUUGUUCUUGCCACCUUUAAUUCUUCACCCGUUUUUCCUGAAAGUGCCUACGCUGUUCUAAACUCUUUUGAAGGCUGCGAUUUGCUAAGUUUUCGGCCGACUACAUUCGUCUCUUUAAAUUUAUCUGAUAUCCGCCCUAAGUUAAACGAAUUAGGGUGACUUGAUAAAAAUUCACACGCAGACGUACAUACACGACCCGCAUAAACAAAAAAAUUAUAAAAGUAAUUAUAGCGAUAAUUCGUAUCAAGCUAGAGUGUAACGUCCUUUCGAUGCUAAAGUAAUUCGAUGAGUAAAUCGUGAGAGCGUUGUUGUAAUCGGAUCGAGGUGAAAAAGACAAUUUCGGAGAACAGAGAUUAACUUGGCCUCGAAUGAAGUCUUACGCAAGGACUGUUUCUCGAAGGACAAACAUUUUCUUUGAACGCAGGAACGAUUCUAAGUAAUUAGAGUGGUAUCCGUGCAACUGUCUUAGUUCUGGCUCGUGUCGAAGGACAAUGCACUACCUAAUCACGAAUUGUAUAAACAAACGGAUGUCAAUUGCAAUAUAAUAUAACUUUAGGUAUAAAAGUAAGGACGCCAAGACCAUUCGAUGCGACGGCUACGUAAACGACGAGCCGUGAGAGGAUUUGAGAAAGUUCUGUUAACACAGAGGUUAUCAAAUUCGAGACAAAAAGGGAAUUAGUAAAUUUCAAGCUAUACACUUUUUUCUGAUACACGACGAAUUUAAUAACCGCUUUGCUUUCUCAAUAUUCAUUUGUACUCUAUCCAAUUUCUGGACAGCUUCGAGUUGAUUUUUUAAUUAAUUAUUCCGUUUUGACCUGUUUACGAAAGUCGAAAUAAUAAAUUAUGUAUGAAUAUCGUUAGUUUUUCGCUGCGAUACAUUUCAAGUGUACAUUUGUUUAUAGUUUAAACCGAUUAAUUGGCGUUAAAGAUUACAUUUAGCAUUGUUGUAAUCACAAACAAAGGCUACGGAACGAUAAGCAUUCGUUUCGUUAAUUUGUUACUUAUUAUUAUAUCUUCUGUACACACAUGGUAACAGCCGUAAACGUAUUAAACGUACAAUUGGUAAUCUACACGUGCCAUAGUCACUCGCAACUGUAACUAUUUGCCAAUAAGAAGUACCGAUAAUAGGUCAAGCUGUGCUAUACUUGUGAUUACACGCAUUGUAAUUCAAUUAACUUGGUUAAUAAACGGAACUUGUUUAGGAAACAUAGGAAAGUUGAUCGUAGCGUGUAAACACGAUAACACGGAGCGAUAAUGUUAGAGAAUAUUUUAAAGAAAUUUACAUAAUUACAGUAUAUAUGCCAAUGUUCACUUAAUUAUACGUUUUAUACGUUUUUGGUGUUUCUUAACAAAACAUCCGAUUGUGCGUUGUUACUUUAGUGUCAUUUCUUCAAUUCUGUUGAACAAUGUAGAAAUCGAAAGGUCGAUUUUUUUUUAACGCUUGACUCUCGAUAUUUGUAAAUAUGAAUAACGUGUGUUGUUAUUUAUUCGAUUCGUUCAAUCGAAGAGUUUCAUUACAGAUGGCACCAACUUGUUGAAUUAAAUCGUCUGGAAUGUAAUAUUACUAUCGACCUUGCGUUGCAAGCAAUUUAGUUGUUUACGAAUCAGGUCACUCUGAAAAUAAUGUCGUCCCCUAUUCUUUAUAUUAAAUGGUUGAAACCAUUCUUGUGUUGAAUUUUAUUCUUGUAAGUAAUUAGUAUGUAGAUAGCAAGUAAUGAGUAAAAUCAUUGUUGAGAAAUAUUAAUUUGUAGCAUCUCAUACUAUAAUAUAAAAUGUUACUAUUGCUUUUUCAUAUUUAGAUUCAACCAGACCAGGCUUGGAUAGCAUAGACUUUAAUAAUAAAGGAUUCUCAGUUUCAGAAGAGAUUGCAGAAUUAUUUAUCUACUAAUGUCGUAGGGAAAAUUAAAGAAAUAGUAAUGAAGCAAACUGCCCUAAAAAUAAACGAAAGAACCUAUGCUAUACUAUGCUAUAGGAAGAUAAUAUUUGGAUUUAAAAAAAAUAAGAUCUUCUUUUGUGGGUUUAGGAAUGAUUAAUUUUGAAUUUGUGGUAUAAAAUCAAACUAUAACGUAGUAGAUUUGCAUUGAACAAGUACAGAGUUUACCUGUAAUAAUCCUUUAAAAUUAAAAACGCAGGAAUUUGUCAAGAAAGAGUGGAAAAUCAACGAGAAAGAUGAUAUAUAAUCAACGGAUAAUGAUCAAUAAACAAUUGAUCAAUGUACAUAUUAUAUUGUGUCUCUUACAGUAUCAAAUUUACGUACAAAAAUGGCAUUAUUUGUGGAGUGACCUGAUAGACAGGAUGCGCUAUUUAAACCAGGACAUCUCCAUAUCCUGUCGCACUGAAAUAGUGCACCCUGUGGAUAAAAUGAAUGUAUCGAUGCAAUCAUGACUUACACUUCGUCAUUUCCGACGAUGAAUGUGAAAAUUCUUCUUGCAAAUGUUCCAACUCAUGCCUUCCAGAUUGAUGAAUUACCUCCGUAUAUAGUCUGGAUAUAUGUUUCGAGUGUCUCUUAUCGUUAGUGGCGAAUGAAUAAAUCUAAAUGAAACUUACCCGUUGAAAAGUAUUUCGUUGUAUAUCGGUUUAUCGAAACUCAGAGAAACGGAGUGUGUUUACCGCUUAAUGUACGAAUUUGUUUUCAGUGACGCGCGUCUCACGACGUCGCCUUUUCUUUUUAAGAUUCCUAAACCUAUGGCAUUGUACUGUACAACACUCCAUUAUUUCAGUAUAAACUCAUACUAGAAAAUAUAGAAUUCCGAAUGCAUUAUAAAGAAAUACUUCUUUUCCAAUUUUUCACGUCAUAAUAAACUGUUAAUAGCGCGAUCUAUAUGAAAUAGAUUUAUACACAAGUUUCUCUUUAUAUGAAAUAAAGGCGAAAUUCAUAUGAA